AUGAGAGCCAUUGUGCCUAUUGAUGAUAGCUUCUCAAAAUGCCUCGCCUAUGCCAUUGCAACCUUCAAGUGUUGUGGCAUUCUGAAGUACGAAGACUGGUCCCAAAACACAAAAAUCCCAAACGUGCCUACCAGCUGCUGUAAAAAUCCGGAAAAAAUCUGCUUCCAUGAGAGAAACCAACAAAAUAUUAGUCUCAGAAACAAUGAUUUCGGCAGUAAUUUAACCAUAAUUGAUGCAAGUCACAGUAGUAAGGGUAGUAGUAGGAGUAGUAGCAGCAGCAGUAGUGGUGGUGGUGGUGGUGGUACCGACAGAAGCGACAAUCUCAAAUUAAGUAGUAGUGGUGGGAUAGAUGACGGUUUUAGAUUUAGAAGCAAUGGCAAUGAUGAUAAGAGAUUUGGCGGUGUUAGUAGCAACAACAAUUUUAGAUCUAGUGGUAGUAUCGUUGGUAGCCACUUUAGAUCUAGUGGUAGUAUCGGUGGUAGCCACUUUAGAUCUAGUGGUAGUAUCGGUGGUAGCCACUUUAGAUCUAGUGGUAGUAUCGGUGGUAGCGAUUUAAGCAGCAUUAAGAAUAGUAAUAGUUUUUGGAAUAACGUCGAUAAACUUGAUAACGGUAAAACGUUUCCGACUGCCACUGGUGGUAGUGGUGGUAGUGAUGGUAGCGCUGGUAGCAGUAGUAGUAGUAGUAGUGCUGUUAGUGAAGUCAAUGGUAGUGGUGGUGUUAACUUUUUGCAUAUUUAUAAAAAUAAUAAUAUGAAGAAUAAUAACAACAACCUCGACAACCACAACAACAACAAUAAUAAUAAUAAUAAUGACGUCAUUAAGUAUAACCAUAACAAAAACAACAACAUUAACCAUAAUAUAAAUCAAAGAUCGAUUGAUAAUAAUAAUAAUAAUAAUAAUAAUAAUAAUAAUGACAACACCCAUAAUAGCUAUGGCGAAGAUGAAAAUGAUGAAGAUGAUGAUGAGGAUGCUGAUGAUGCUGAUGAUGAUGAUGAAUACGUUAAUUAUGAUUACAAUAAUAAUUAUGAUAAUGAUGAUGGUGAUGAUUAUAAUGAUGAUGAUGGUGGUGAUGAUGAUGAUGAUCAUUACAACGAAUAUGUACAUGAGGAUGUGAGUAAAUUUAUGAUACCAAAUAAUUAUGUCAUAAAUUAUGAUAAUGAGGAUGGCAUAAAUUAUGAUAAUGAGUCUGCUGGCAUAAAUUAUGAUAAUUAUGGCAACAUCAGCAUUGUUCGUGUUGAUAGCGAUGACAACUACGCAAAGAGGGAAAUUAAUUAUUCAACAAAUAACUUUUUCCCGCCAAAACAAAACAACAACAACAGCAUCAACAAUAACUUCACUCGCUUCGAGGACAACAACAACGACAGCAAUGCCAACAUCAGAAACAUUAGCAACAACAAAAACAACAACAACAACAGCAUCAACAAUAACAUCGAAGGUAUUAAUAACAACAGCAUCGUCAAAGACAUCAUCAAAAACAUAAACAACAACCUUAACAUCAACAACAACAACAACCUUAAUAACAUCAACAACUACAUCAACAACAAAAUCAACAACAAUGAUGAUGUCAGCAACAACAACAACAAUAUAAACAAAAACAUCAUCAAAAUCGAUGACCUUACUAAGAACAACAAAUUUUACAACAACAAUUCUCGUAAAAACAACAACAAAUUUCACAAAAACAAUAACAGCAACAAUAACUUUCAUAACAACAACAACAACAAUUUUCAUAACAACAACAAAAACAGCAACCUUUUUAACAACAACAACUUUUAUCACAACAACAACAACAAAUAUCAUAACAACAACAACAACAAAUUUCACAAUUAUCCUGUUGACAACAUUAAAAACGACAACAUUAAUGGCGGCAUAUUUUUCAAUAAAUUUCACAACAUCAACAUCGACAACAUCAACAACAACAACAAAUUAAUUGACGACAAACGAACGUUAUACAACAACCACAACAUCAACAAAAACAACAUCCACAACAACCACAACAACCAAAACAACCACAACAUCCACAACGACCACAACAACCACAAAAACAAACACCACAACAUCCACAACAACCACAACAUCCACAAAAACCACAACAUCAACAAAAACAACAACCACAACAUCCACAACAACCACAACAACCACAACAUCAACAGCUUCAAAAACUUUGAAAAGAAUGAUGAUAGCAGUGUGAGCGCGUUAAAAAAUGGCGCGAACUCGCUGAUAAAUGGCGCGAGCUCGCUAAAAAAUGGCGCGAACUCGCUAAAAAAUGGCGCGAAUUCGCUAAAAAAUGGCGCGAAAGAGAAUGAAAACCGCGCUAAAAAUAUAAAUUCAUUUUUAAACAUGGACUCUACGGAGAAAACGCAACCAAACAAUGCAAACAUCAUCAAAGCAUCUGACUUUCAUUCAUCCAAAGAUGGAGAGAAGGACGGAAGUGUUAGAAUUAUAGGAGCGAAGGAUGGCGCUGAUGAUGACAAUUACAACGUUUUUGCUGAAGGCUGCGAGUACAAGUUUUCUGAAUGGAUGAAGAAGAUUUUCAAAAUUUUGAACAUCUGCUUUUACCUUAUCAUUGGCCUGGUGACCAUUCUCAUACCGACUGUGUAUUCUAUCUCAAGCCACGUCUUACUUCCGACUUUUUGA